GCUUCAAAUCCUCCGAAGAAGAAGAUUAAUAGGGAUAUGAUGGCGUCGCAGUAUUACCAAGAAAUGCAGGAAAGCUUCAAAAAUAACAACAAAAGUCGAGAAUUUCCGGCCCAUACAGCCAAAGUGCAUUCGGUGGCUUGGAGCUGUGACGGAAGGAGGCUCGCCUCCGGUUCGUUUGAUAAAACAGCCAGCGUUUUUAUCCUGGAGAAGGACCGUUUGGUGAAAGAGAACAACUACAGAGGACACAGCGACAGUGUGGAUCAGCUGUGCUGGCAUCCAACCAACCCGGAUCUGUUCGUCACUGCAUCCGGAGACAAAACCAUUCGCAUAUGGGACGUGCGCACUACCAAAUGUGUCGCUACAGUCAACACGAAGGGUGAGAACAUCAAUAUCUGCUGGAGUCCAGACGGUCAGACCAUCGCAGUCGGGAACAAAGAUGACGUGGUGACCUUCAUUGAUGCCAAGACGCACCGAUCCAGGGCUGAGGAGCAGUUCAAGUUCGAGGUGAACGAGAUUUCCUGGAAUAAUGACAACGACAUGUUCUUCCUUACUAACGGGAACGGCUGCAUUAAUAUUCUAAGUUAUCCGGAUCUGAAGCCCAUCCAGUCCAUCAACGCUCACCCGUCCAACUGCAUAUGCAUCAAGUUCGACCCCACGGGGAAAUACUUCGCCACAGGAAGCGCUGACGCCCUCGUUAGUCUGUGGGACGUCGAGGAGCUGGUGUGUGUGCGCUGCUUCUCCAGACUGGACUGGCCAGUGAGGACACUGAGCUUCAGCCAUGAUGGGAAGAUGUUGGCCUCCGCAUCUGAGGAUCAUUUCAUUGACAUCGCAGAGGUGGAAACAGGUGAGAAGCUAUGGGAGGUGCAGUGCGAUUCUCCAACGUUCACAGUGGCCUGGCAUCCGAAGAGACCCCUGCUGGCCUACGCCUGUGACGACAAGGAGGGCAAAUAUGACAGCAACCGAGAGGCAGGGACUGUGAAACUAUUUGGCCUUCCCAAUGACUCCUAAGGUGGAUCAGCUCCUCUGCUGACAGGUGUAUUUACACCUUCAUGAGGGAGGAAAUUAAAUGUUGCAAAGACGAACUGCAGUAACCUUCUGCUAACAGCAGGUGGUGCAGCUUUUCUUACUUUCCUUUCAGUCAGCUGACAUCAUUCCUUCGUUGUUUUUAUACAGUUAAAUCCCCAGAGCUGUAAAGUAUUUUCAUGUAAGAUAACUUGUGUUUUACUAUUAAAACUGGUCCCUUAAUAAAACAUGUGAAACUGU